ACUAGUCAUUUUUGAAGGCUGAAAAAACAUGGGUUAUAUAAUUCAUGUUUUAUGCUAAUUUUUAAAAUGCUCAUACAGCAAGUGUUUAUCUCAAUUAUUGUGUGCUGUCAUGGGCAGGAAGUUGUGGGUAGAUAGAUCAAUGAAUAUGAUUUAAUUUUGAACCGGAGGGCAGUCAAUUCUUCCCAUCUUCCAUCCAUCAUCCAUCUAUCACUCUUAUAAGUUAUAAUCAUCAUGGCUGAAGGAGGUAGAAAACCUUAUGAUGUGUUUCUGACAAUGCUUCCCAGACUUACAGCUGCACUUGGAAAAGAGCCAACUUUCACAAAUGUUACUGACUUCCUUUUAGCAGAUGGUCUUAUAACAGAGCAACAACUGGAGUCUAUAAAAUCCAAACCAAACUUAUCAGAUAAACAGAGAGGGAGUGAAGUGGCUCACUGCCUCCGUGACAAGAUUAAAAAUCAUGAUGCUCCUGCUAAGUGUCUUCUCCAGAUUUGUGACAUAUUUGAAGAUGAAGAUGUAGGAUGUGAAGUACUAAAGAAACAUGGGGGGACGAUGAGAAGUAAAAUUAAAGGUAAUACUUGUAAUACAACUACCUGGGCCGAGGAAUUCAGCCGGCCUGAACUACAACAACAUUUAUCAUUUUAUUAG